AUGGCGAGCUUGACGGCUGGCGGCAUCAAGUCAAUGGGAGAGAUCGUCGGCGGCGACGCCUCCGCAACUGAUCAAAUCAAAAACACGUGGCUGCACAUGGCGGCGGUGCAGUCCUACAAGACGCUCGACAAGCCCGAGCGUUUCCAAUCAGACCCUCCCGCUGCUUUCGUCCUCCGCGACAUGCCGCUCCAGCGCGCGGACAACGUCGUGAAUGUGAAGCAUUUAGUGGAUUGGGUGACGUUGGAGGAUGGGGGCAACUACAUGGCGUUGCCAGCCCCGUUUAAGCCCAACAAGGAUCCUGGCGAGAUCGCCUUCACCAUGCAGCUGUGCAUCUUGCCGAAGGACGCGAACGGCGAGCAGUACGCGCUGAAGUACGUCAGGUUCGACAACAGGGCUCGGGCCGACAUUGCCAAGGAUAUCUUCGUUGCAGGCAGGGCGCUCACCAUCCACUGGGGGAGUUCGGCCGACACUAAGACGCCACUCAAGCUCUUUCACUACAUGAUGGACAGGCUGGGCGGGGUGCAGAUCCGCCAUUGGGUUCAGCCGUCCGUGCCCGCCGCCGCCGGCGGUGGCGGUUACGACAGGGAGAAGCGCAGGGCGGGCUAUCGUUUCAUAGAGGAGUUCGGCCCGAGGGCAAACAACCGCAACCAGUUCGCGCGGUGGACCGACGAACAGAUCAACGACGAGAAGUCGCCGAUGUUUGGCUGGCAGGCAUCGGCAGUCAAGGAGUCGUUCCGCAACUACGCGUCGGGCCCUGCUGGCGCGAGGACGCUCGAGCGCUGGGCUAUCGCGCUCAAGCGCUUCCACCCGUUCGUGUUCGACAACGUCGUCGCCCCCAUUCUCAAGAGUCACGACGUGCACCGGACCAUGUGGAUCGGCAAGACCAGGGUCGGCAAGUCCACGGCGUCGAAAACCAUCGGCUUCGCAAUCUCCGCCUGCCAGAUUGAUAAGAAUAACCGCACCGACCUCCGUCCGAGCGUCGUCGCGACGAAGAAAAUCGACUUCUUGCGGCUCGAGCCUGGAACUGCGUACAAGCCCGCUAUCGCGGACGACGCCGUCCUCACGAAGUGGGCCCCCGAUGAGAUCAAGGCCUUCCUGGACCCCGCCGAGGAGGACGCGCUGCUGUGGGCAAGGUGGGGCGGCGCCUCCUUCGAGCAGAACCAGCCCCGCCAGAUCUGUGUCAACCCCUACGACCAGGAGUUCGAGAAAAAGGUGCGUUCCAUCCGCAGAGGCCAACAAGUGAUCAAAUUCGACGACUUCCUCAAAAUCAUAGAUCGCAACUUCGCUGGCGAGAAGCAGUGCGGCUACCAGAUGGCGGACGCGGAGGCGUACGUGGCGAGGUCCAACAUCGUGCUCCUCACUGACGACUGGAUGUACCUGUGGCUGGCGUCUACGACUAAGGAUCCAGUCCCCCGCUUCUCGUGGCCAGUGCCCGAGAAGCCAGACCUCUUCACGCCCGGGGCCACCCCUAUCCUGAAGCGUUCCAGACCUUCGCGCCGCCCGACUACGCCGUGCACAUGA